AUGCAAAUGCAAUUUCCAAAUCAACUGGAAAACAUUCAAAUAAUGAAAACAAUAAUCAAAAGAAAAAAAAACACAAAAGAAUGUUUACUGGUUCUUGAAGAGCAUAAGCUUGCUCUUCGUGAAUGUCAAGCAAAAGUCAAAGAAUUGAAUUAUCCAAUUUCGUCAAAGCACGUGAAUAUGGUGUUGAUAUCUAGGAAAUAA